UCAGGACACAGGAACAGACAAAACCCGACGAGUACAUAUAGACAUACUGGCGUAGGACAUCAAAGCACCAGUGCUUGCUUACUCACUUGUCCAUCAGACCAUCACGCACGCAAGAUCGACGCGACGCGAGAUGGACAUGACGCGGUACUUCGCGUGCCACCAGCAGUGGAUCGCGGGGCAGGAGGCGGGGCUCGGUGAGCUCACAGCGGCGGCCGCUAAUGCCGCCGCGAGGCGCGCCACGGAAGCGGAGCUGAGGGCGGUGGUGGAGAGGUGCCUGCGUGGCUACGAGGAGUACGCCACAACACGUCGUGCCAUGGCGCCCGAGGACGGCGCGGCCUUCUUCGCCCCUCCAUGGUGCACGACGUUCGAGAAAGCCGUGCUCUGGCUCGGGGGUUGCCGGCCGUCGCUCUCCAUCCGGCUGCUCUAUUGCGUCUCCAGUGAAGGCCUGGAGGCGCAGCUCCAGGAGUUCCUUAGCGGCCAUGGGCGCGCGGGAGGCGACGACAUGAUCAGGCCGACUGGAUCGGGUCUCCUUGGGAUCAAUGCUAUGCAGCUGGAACAAAUCAACAACCUCCACGGUCGGACGAUCCAUGAGGAGGGAAUCCUGUCGGAGCGGCUCGCGAGCCUACAGGAGAAAAUCGCUGACCGCCCGCUGCUCCCGAUCGUCCGGGAGCGCGAGCAGGAGCGCGCCAGGGCGGCGGCAUUACCCCGCGGCAGCGCUAGCAGCAACGGCUUAGUUGGGCGGUUCGCGGCAAUGGGAUUAGCUGGAGUUGACGCCGAGGUGGACGCUGCCAUGGAGAGCUACACGGCUGGGCUGGCCAAGCUGCUGGAGGAAGCAGACCAGCUGCGCCUGUCAACGACGAGGGAGCUGGCGACGGAGAUCCUGACGCCGCGGCAGGCGGUGGAGAUGCUGGCGGCAGCCAAGCAGCUGCACCUCUCCAUCUGCGAUUGGAGCCGCCGGAAGGAAGGUGCCCAGAGCGCGCUCCUGCCGCCUGCAGCGACGGCCAGCUCCAGCUCCUCCGGCCGCCCGAACGCGUGAUCGGUUCGUCAUCCAUCGGUCACCUAGCUGCUUGCAACUUGUAGUGUUAGAUAACCUGAAUAAUCCGGCCGUCUAGUCGGAAAUUGUUUCCUCUUUCAUGUACUGUCGUGGUUUCUGUGAUUUGCCUGUAAAAACUGCAUGCAGUUGUGUGAACCGUAAUUACUUUCCUAUGUGCCCAGAGCGCGCUCCUGCCGCCUGCAGCGACGGCCAGCUCCUCCGGCCGCCCGAACGCGUGAUCGGUUCGUCAUCCAUCGGUCACCUAGCUGCUUGCAACUUCUGGUGUUAGAUAACCUGAAUAAUCCGGCCGUAGUGUCUAGUCGGAAAUGGUUUCUUCUUUCAUGUACUGUCGUGGUUUCAUGUACUGUCGUGGUUUCUGUCGUGUGUUCCGUAACUAGUUUCCUAUGUGCUUGCUUGUGUG